GUCCCCAGUCCCAGCGCCCCGAGGAAGCACCAGCGCUCCAAAGGAGCCGGUGACCUUCGAGGACGUCGCCGUCUACCUGAGCCACGCCGAGUGGGAGGCCACCGCCGCGGCGCAGAGGGAGCUGUACCGCAGCGUCAUGAUGGACAACUACAGACUGCUGACGUCACUGGGUUACCCAGGCCCCAAACCUGACAUUUUACACCGGAUGGAACGUGGGGAAGAGCCCUGGAUCUGCACACCACAGAGCCCAGCGUGGUGGGAUGGACCCAGCAGCCCUUCUCCAGUAGAGGAUUCCCCCUUCAUCGGGCGACGGAGCAGCCGAACGAAGAGGCAGAUCCUCAGGAACAUCACCGUGGUGAUCCUAGAGAGAGGUGUCAAAGGAACACCCCAAAAACACGACUACUCCAGGGACACCGAGGUCACCACGCUCAGGGACCACCAGUACUGUCAGCUGCAAAGGAUGAGUUCUCAGGGUAAAAUCCAUCAAAUUCUUCAUCCAAGCGGUAAGUGUUGGGCUGGGAAUCACCAAGUGGCAAAGAGAAAAUCCCAAAUCGGGCAAAUCAUCAGGAAAGCCAAGAAAAUCCUUCGGAGUUACCGGCUCCAGGCCAAGAAAAGGGUGGAUUGUCCUCAGGAUCCCUCGGGCAUCGGCUCUCCUCGACCUGCCGACCCCACGACGGGAACAC